AUGUCCACAUUGGCUGCUUCUUUAGUAGAUGGAUGCCCUCGACCACUUCUUCCCGAGGCCAACUACCCCGAACUAGGUGGAGACACAAAUGCACGUUUCUGUGUGCCGAUAGCUGCAGUUGGGGGAACAAGUUGCUGUCUGCCAUGCCCGAAGCAACAUUAUGUCUAUCCAGAUAACUUUCAGAACCUGGUACACGCUACAACAUAUGUCAACGUAGUGGGUAUAGGAUGCUGUGCUUUUCUUCUACUAAGUUUUGCAGUGUUGCCAGUAGAGUAUACACGAAGGCAUUACUUGAGCGUUUGCUUGACGUUUGCUAUUCUGUUGAUGCAGAUGUCGUUUGUGAUCCCAUUAGGAAAUCAGAAAACGCAAUGUUUUGACAAAAUUACGCCCCAUGAUAUGUACUCGAGUAUCAACUGUGCUCUCUCGGGGGCUUUCCUGCUAGGUGGUGGAUGGUCUACGGUGAUGUGGGUGUUUUUACGAACGCUUUCACUGCACCUCCAAAUCUGCUGGCAGGCAGUUCCAGGCCGUCGAUUCUUUCUAACCUCACAGGCAGCCGGUUGGUCGGUCCCCGUCGUUUUCCUCGCCGUGGCCCUUUCCGUGACAGGUGUGUCAUUCCGCUUCGGGGAGUCGUGCCACAUAAACUCGAAAAAUGGCCUACAGACUUUUUGGGGGCCACUUCUCGCUGUCGCUGCUGCCUCGAUUGUAACUCAAUCGAUAACCUUCGGAUACUGUAUUCAAGUGUACCUCCGCAGUCUGUUAGAGGAGAAGCAGACAACCGAACUUUCAUCGCAUCUUCCAUACGCCAAUAGUAUCAGGACUGUGUCGGCGGCACAGGCUCUAAGAAGGGUACAGCGCGUGGUCGCGCUGCAAUGGAGGGGUAUAUUCGUGGUCAUAAUCAUUCUCGUUGAUGUGGUAUUUUUUGCUACAGUAUUUCUGCAAUUCGAUGGUACUACGGAAAAGACACCGGAGAAUAUAAGGGCAGGGAUUGAAUGGUUGACUUGCGUCCUUGAGAAAAAUGGGGAUAAGAAUAAAUGCCUGGAUCUCGCAGCAACAUUAGUCGUGCCUGAAGCAACGGCUUUAGCUGUGCUAUUCCUACUUUCGUUCAAUGGAAUCUGGGCACUUAUUCUUCUCGGAAACUACAAAAUUUUCACAGGGUGGUUUCACCUCUUCCGUGAUCUCUUCACCAAGCCGAAGCCCAAUGAUGAGUUUGUCUCCUACAAUGCCCGACGAGUCUCCGAACCAGACGCAUCGUACGAGAUGCUUGAUUCUAUCAAAAACAAGACCCUUUCUACAGCCACUACCAACAUUACUAAAACUUCUUCAAUCAUCAAAUCACCAGAACCGCUUUCUCUCUCGAUGCCGAGGGAAUACAACCCAUCCACCUUCUCCGCACAGCUUAGGACUAGAGCUGACUCAGAUGUUUACCCUCCAUCUGUAAGGUUGAGAUCUGACUCGAGUUUCUCAUCACCACCAUAUACGCCAUUCAAGGAUAUCACAUCAGUGACUGGCGGAAGCCCACAAGUGGCUACAGGGGCUCCUUUCUCGCCAUAUAGGGAUAGCCCAUCUUCUUUGCAUGGUGGGAAUAACCAGUUUUCGCCAUAUCGGGAUAUCAGGGCAGAGACCGAGGCGACGGAUUAUAUGUCUGUCUACUCUCAAGCACCAAAGUACCCACCCGACGCCAAAAUUGUUGGGCUCGCUUCAUGA